AUGAUUCCGCCAGUCAGAGCCAGUUCUGAUUUGACUCUCGACGACCCUCGAGUACUCAGAGGGACCAGUACUCUUCGGACUGCACCUAAUCCACCAUCAUCGGCAACAACACUCCCACAACUCUUCGCCCACUGGGCAAGGCGACAACCUAACAGUGUCGCCUACUCCUGCCAAACGGACCAUGGACGCAAGGAGGUAACAUUUGCUGAGGCAGACGCCAUCGCCUCGUCGUUAGCAGUCCAACUCGCACAACUCCAUCCAGACAGACAUGCCAGCGACAAGGCUCCAGUGGUCGCCAUCUGGCUCGAGAAGGGUCUCGACCUGAUCCUCAGCAUACUAGCGACAACAUACUCUGGCGCAACAUGGCUUCCCUUUGACCCAGAUGUUCCGGUCGACCGUGCAGCUGUUUGUGUCCUGGACGCAUCAGCGUGUGCCAUCAUCUGCGAUGCAGCGCAUUUGGACCGAGUUCGUGAGGUUGAAGAGCGUGUGGCUCCAACUCUUGCAGCCACUGGCAAGACCGCAUUACACGUUCGCACCUUCGAUGACCUCUCAACCAACGUUGGAGAGUCGUCAUCAACACUGUCUCUCACAGCUCUUGCCGGACCAAGCCCACGAGACGCAGCAUACUUGAUCUACACAUCAGGUACGACGGGGACACCCAAAGGUAUCGCCAUACCGCACUCUGCGGCCCUGACCUUCUCCUUGAGUGAAAGGGAGGUCCUCCAGACCAGCCCCGGCGAUAUUGUAUGGAAUGGCUUCAGCCCGGCAUUCGAUAUGUUCGUGGAGGAGAUGUGGAUCACUGUCGCUGGUGGAGGCCAUCUAGCAAUCGGGACACGAGAGGAGUGCAGAGACGUGGGUGGUCUACCAAAGAUCUGGGAAGCCCGGGGAGUCUCAGUCGUCAAUGCUGUUCCCACUUUGAUCGGCAUCAUGUGCAUCUCACAAGCCGACAGCGACUCAUACCUCAUCCCGCCAUCGAUACGACUCAUCAACCUUGGUGGUGAGGCAUGCCCGCCUUCGUUAGUCGAUCGUCUCUCGAGACCGGGCCUGCGGAUCGUGAACACAUAUGGUCCAACAGAGACCACGGUCACUGCGACCUGGGAUGAGCUGCAACCAGGGGUACCAGUCACGAUCGGUAGGCCACUGCCAUCAUACCAUGCCUGCAUAUUACCAAUAUCGGACGACGGAGUACCGGUACCUCUGGAGCCCUUAGAGUUGGGCGAGGGUGUCGAAGGAGAACUAGCGAUCGGUGGUCCAUGUGUUGGACUGGGCUACGUGGGCCGGACAGAGCUAACAGCACAAAAGUUCAUUCAACACCCUCUCGCACCAAACAGUGGAGAGCGAUUAUAUCAGACAGGAGACAGAGUCAAGCUGCAGGCCGACUUGAAGAUUGUCUUCCUUGGCCGUAUCGAUACUCAAGUCAAGCACCGUGGAUUCCGCGUCGAACUCGGCGAGAUCGAGUCACGACUGAGCAGCCAUCCAGACGUUCAAGCUGCAGCAGUCAUAUUGGCCAACGCGGGAUCGGAGGCAGCUCGUCUGGAAGCCUUUGUGGUGAUCAGGCCCGAGACUGUUCAGGACGUAGCCUCGAUCAACCAGCUUGCGUCGCAGCAUCUACCGUCUUACAUGCGACCAGAGGAAGUCUACUUCCUGAAUGCCAAUGAGAUGCCGAGACUACCCAGCGGAAAGAUCAACUCGAAGGCAUUGCAUGAGUUGUCUGUCCGGAAAGCCGCAGAGAUCUCGGCUUUGGCGCAAGUCGGAAAGGAUGUCUCGGAGUCGAUCAGUGGCAUUGACGAGAGUAGCGCCCUUGGGAUACUAUUGACAACGCUGGCAUCGGUCCUCAAGCAUCCCAGCCACAUCGAUCCAGAAGCCGACUUCUUCAACGACCUGGGUGGUCAUUCACUCGUGGCAGCCAUGCUAGUAUCACGCCUGCGGAAAGAGCCGAUGUUCGCCUCCAUGGGUCUACCCGAUAUCUACGAAGGCCGCACUCCAUCCAACAUCGCCGCACGGUUCGCCGUCUCGGAAGAUGGUCAGAGCAGCACCAUCGCAGGCUCUGAAGACUUCGACGAGGGCGAAGACACUGGUCCACAGACUGGAGAUUUCUGGACAUUCUCACAGACUAGAUUCGUUCUCUGCGGCCUCGCACAGCUUAUCCCGCUGCUCUUCCUCUUCUUCGUCUACUCCAUCGAGAUCCUGGUUCCAUAUCUAUUGUUCGACUUCUUCAUUCGAGACCGUGAAAGCAUUGGCUACGCACUCUUGGCCGCAUAUGCCGUCUUCGUCGCUCUACCACCGGCAAUGGGGUUGAUCGCCAUCGUCGGCAAGUGGCUGGUGCUUGGCAAGGCCAAAGAAGGAGAGUAUCCCCUUUACGGGGUAUACUACUUCCGCUGGUGGCUGGCUUCACGAUUUGCUGCCCUCGCCAACCCCAAGCUCAUUGCGGAUUCGCCGCUCUACCCGUUCUUCUUGCGAGCUAUGGGAGCCAAGAUUGGUCGAUACUGUCACCUAGGCGCUAUGGGUAUUGGUGCCUGCUGCGAUCUUGUGGAGAUUGGAGACGAUGUGAUCGUUGGCUCGGAUGUCAUCCUCUCAGUCAGUGUCGUGGAAAGAGGGAGAUUGGUCCUCAAGAAGGUGACCAUUGGCAACGAGGCCAGAAUCGGCUCCAACACUGUCAUCGAAGGCGGUGCUGUUGUGGAUGAAGGCGCCGAUGUUGGCCCCCUUUCCAUGGUCCCAGACGGCAUGCGCAUACCGAGCUUCCAACGCUUCCACGGCUCUCCAGCACGAUUCGACCGCGAGCUCAAGCACGACGAGAUCGGCAUUGCAAAACCCUCCCGCCCUUCGAAAGCUCGCUCGUUUGCGAUGUGUCUUGGCCACACGUUCAUCACGGUCUUAUUACUUCCGCUGCUCUACCUCGUGCCGCAGAUUCCAGGUCUGAUGCUCUUCAACGUGGUCGAUCUGCGCUCCGUGGGCCAGUGGGGACAGGUCGCCAUCUUGUCGCUGCCUAUUGCCUUCGCAUACCAACUUCUACUCUUCUUCCAGCUGAUUAUCUUCCGCCGCGUCGUACUCGGGGUCAUGCGAGAAGGCACGUACCGCCUUUACAGCCAAUGGUACCUGCGGAAGUGGUUCAUCGACAGACUCAUGGAUCUGGCUCUGGACGUGCUGCAUCCCGUCUUCGCGACGCUCUAUAUCGUCCCCUUCCUUCGCGCUCUUGGCGUCAAAAUCGGCAAUCGCGCUGAGAUCUCGACGGCUCGUGGCCUCAACUUCGAGCUCCUCGAAGUGGGCGAAGAGUCUUUCGUCGCCGAUGCCGUCCUGCUCGGUGACGUGAAGAUCCGAGGCAACGAGCUGACGCUCAAGAAGACGAAGCUUGAAUCACGAGCUUUCGCCGGCAACGUCUCUCUGCUCCCAGGAGGCACAACACUAGCGUCAGGAACCCUCGUAGGAGUCCUCUCAAUCGCACCACCACCUGAAAAGCCCCUCCCCAGCGGAACCUCUUGCUUUGGGUCACCACCAGUCCUCAUGCCCGCCCGUCAGCGCGCCACCGGCCAUGCUGACAACCUUCUCUUCCGCCCCUCCAAAGGCCGCAUCGCAGCUCGCCUCGCGAUCGAAGGAAUCCGCAUCGUCCUCCCUCGCGCCCUCAUCAUCUUCGGCCUGGGCUUCUCCCUCCAAGUCGCAUACCUCGGCUACAGCGGCAUCGGCGCCGUCAACACCCUCCUGAUGCUGCCCCUUUUCUACUUCAUCAUGUUCGCCCUCCCCGCCCUCUUCAUCACCGUGGCUUUGAAAUGGCUCCUCAUCGGCGCCUACAAACCCGCCGAAUGGCCCCUCUGGUCCCUCAACGUCUGGCUGAGCGAGUUCAUCACCAGCACCUACGAGACAAUCACCGUGCCUCUCCUCACGAACAUGCUUGUCGGCACGCCCUACCUCGCCAUGUGCUUCCGCCUCUUCGGCGUCAAGAUCGGCAAGCGCGUCACGAUGCUGCACAGCGACAUCACCGAGCACGACUGCGUGACCAUCGGCGACGAAGCCAUCGUCAACCAGCUCUGCGGGGCGCAGACGCAUCUCUUCGAAGACCGUAUCAUGAAGAUCGGGAAUAUCGAUUUCGGGAGGAGGAGUUGUAUCAAGCCUUACUCCAUCUGUCUUCCUGGAAGCUCCCUCUCGGACGGGGCACAGCUUGGCAGUCUGUCCCUAGUCAUGAAGGGCGAGACGUUGCCUGAUAAUACGGCUUGGGAGGGCGCUCCUGUUGUGCCAAGGGCGAAGAGGAGGAGAGGUCCUCUGCCAGCAGUAUGCACCAACUCGUCGACCUCGCAAAGAACUUUGAGGGGCGGAAGCGAGUGCUCCGUGGAGGAGGAAAAAGUUGGUUCGAGUAAGGCUUCGACGGUGGUUGAAGGUCGGGCGACUCGGUAA